CAAAAUACCCCGAAUGCAAUGAGUUGCGCGCAAGCGGCCUUCCUGAUCUUCGCCACCGCCGUCGCCUUCACGAGCGCUGCGCUGCAGCCCGCGGUCGAGCUCGGAGGCUUCGCACGCUGCCAGGCCCGGGCUGCCCUGCGCCGCGCCGCCGCGCCGCCGCGCUGCAGUGCUCUCGCCGCGCCCGAGCUCGACCAGUCCCGCCGGCUGGCCUUUGACGAGUUCCUGUCGCAGUUCUGCGGCCACUUUGACAACCUCGAGCAGGCGCUGGAGGACCGGCGCGCCGGUCGGCCGCCGCGUGAGGGAGGCGGCCACGAGCACAUCCACUGCCACCUGCAGCCGCUCGCGCUCGAGCGCCCGGCCGUGCUCGCCAACUACUACUUCAACGGCGACCCGGCGAGGCCCUUCCGGCAGCGGCUGUACACGCUGCAGCCGACGGAGGCCCGCCGCUCGGCCGCCGACGGCGAGAUCCGGAUGCAGAUCUUCCGGCUCGCCGAGCAGGUCGAGGCGAAGCUGCGCGCGGCGAGCGGUGACGCGGCCGCCGUCGCCUGGGACGCGGAGCGAGACCUGGCAGAGGAGCUGCUCAUCCCCGGCUGCGACGUGUUCUGGCGGCGCGUGGGCGGCCACUUCGAGGGCGAGAUGGCGACCGCCUCGGCGCUGGUCCACUCGCCGCUCCUCGGCCGCGAGAUUGUCGUGACCGACCACCUGCACCUCUGGGAGGGGGCGCUCUGGGUCAACGACCGCGGGUGCGGCACCGACGGCACGUACCUGUACGGAAACACGCGCGACGUGCCGUACAAGAUGGAUCGCGUGCGCUGGUCGAGCCACCGCGGCGAGCCCGUCUGGGAGGACCGGAGAGCGGCGUGAGCGGUGAGGGUCUCGUGUUUCGCUCGCUGUAGCCUUACACCUGUUACGGUGGGACAGGAGUUCUGGUUUCCAAUCAGCAGCGCCA